AUGGUUCUAAUUGGAGUAACUGGGACAGGCAAAAGCGCCACAGGAAAUACGCUGGUUGGAGGUACGGAGUCCAAAUUCAUAUCUUCUCCAAGUCGCUCUUCAGUUACAGCAGAAUGCCAUGCUGUUGAGGUAGAAAGAUUUGGCCGUAAGCUUGUAGUAAUCGACACUCCCGGGAUUUUUGAUACCAAUGUUCCAGUAGUAAGAUCAAAGAUACUGCUCAUGGAGUUUACCCAGCUUGCUAGUCCUGGAGUUCAUGUUUUCCUCCUUGUAAUGAAAAUAGGACAAAAAAACAUUGCCGACAGAGAUCAGAAAUCCUUCAAAUUCAUGAAAAAACUACUUGGAGAAGAAUUUCGCGACCAUACCAUUGUAGUUUUCACAGGAGAAGAAAUACUGAGAACGGUUAAGCAAGAUUUGGAAACAUAUAUUUCUGAACUACCAGAUGAAUGUAGAAAACUAGUAAAUUCGUGUGAAGGUGGCUAUCUUGCUAUUUCAAACACAGGUGGAAUAGCCUCCAGAGAAAGAUCAGCCAAACAGAUUAUUGAGAAAGCCAACGAUCUUGUUCAGCUCAACGGUGGAUUUGACAAGUAUUACAGUAACAUAUUAUUUGAUGAAACGUAUGAGAAGAUGAACAAAAUGAUGGAAGAUACGCUGAAACAGAAUGCAAAAAUCGUUGAGGAAAUAAAGCUGAAACAAAAAAACAAGCGAAGGAUUGAAUUACAAUUUAAUGAUGGAAAUCCCUCAAUAGAACAACAUAAACUUGUCAAAAUUAUCGAGAAAGAAAUCGAGGACCUUCGCAAAAAACUUCUUGAUAGAAAUACUGUUCGACGAAAGAUCCUGGAUAAGUUAGAAGAACAAGAAAGAAAGAAAAAGGUGGGUAAUGCUAGUGCUACAACUGCCAUUACUGGUACAGUAGCUGUUGUCGCCACUGCAGCAGUUGUCUUCCUUUUUAAUGUCAUGAAGUAG